AUAUUAUCUCAUAUCAAAAAAUAAAAAGUAGUCUAUUUCUUAUUACUAAAUCUCUCAACUUUCUACAAGAAAUACAUACCAAAAUGGCCAAGCUUCCACAAGUUGUACUUUUGAAGCAAAUUUUGAAAAAGUGUUCUAGUUUGAGCAAGAAGCAUCAAGUCCACUUUCCGAUUGACGUACCAAAAGGACAUUUUGCAGUUUACGUUGGAAAGAAUAGAACACGAUACAUCGUACCAAUUUCUUUCUUGACUAAUCCUGAGUUUCAAUGUCUCCUUCGUUGCGCUGAGGAAGAAUUUGGCUUUAAUCAUGACAUGGGCAUCACAAUUCCUUGUGAAGAAUUCAUUUUCCAAUCACUUACUUCCAUACUGAGUUAGUAAAUUAUUUGGAAACAAGAAAAAGUGUGAAUUGUUAAUUUUGGAGUGAAGAAGGAUGUGUGUUCAAGAUGAAGCAAUUUGCUUCUCUUUUUUGUAACAUCAUUCUUUACUUCUUUUUUUUUUGUAACAUCAGAGUUUCCUCUAAUCCUGACCUAGGAAUCACAUGGAUAUUAGUAAUGUUCCCUUUUUUUUUUUUUAUGGGUUAGUUGGAAAUUUUUUCCUUGCAGUGGUGUUCUUAAGCACCCUGUGAGAGAAGUGAAUUCAGUGUUUCCAAUCUAUUUAAUUUGUCAUUUUUGGAUACAUCUGUCUCUCAAAUUUUCUGU